AUGUCCAGGAUAAACAUCCCACUGGAGGCUCUGACCUCCCGCCUCAACCUGGGGUCCCGCUUCGAAGGCGUUCGUUCACAGUCUUUGGGCACGAGAUUCUCCAAUCUCAAGCCAAUUGGCGAUUUCAUGGACCUCAAAAGGCUUUCAAAGCCUGCCAACUUCGGUGAAGUACAAAGUCGAGUCAACUACAACCUGGGAUAUUUUCAGAGCAACUACUUUGCCCUAGCCACAAUGCUUGCCAUCUACAGUCUCCUCACAAAUCUACGACUUCUCUUUGAUAUGAUCUUUAUGGGCGUGGGCCUGUUCUUCAUUCGACGACUUGAUGGGCAAGAUCUACAAUUGGGUUUCACCACCCUCACAACUUCUCAGCUUUACACCGGUCUGUUUGUCAUUGGUAUUCCUGUUUUCAUCUGGGCUUCCCCCAUUGCGACAGCUUUGUGGCUCGUUGGCGCCAUCGGUGUGACUGUUCUUGGUCACGCUGCAUUCAUGGAUAAACCAAUCGAACCAUCCGGGGCACGUACGGGGAAGAAAGGUCGUGGCUAUCGAGAGCCGCAGGACGACGAUGUUAGAUUCCAGGAGGUAGAAAGUGAUUCUGAGGACUCAGACGCUGGUGUAGGGCUAGAUAGGAAAUUUAAAAGCGACGAAUUGCACUUCACAGGCGCAGAUCUUGGGGGGGUAUCGAAACGAAGGAGAAAGAUUGCUUAUGAUUCAGACUCUGGCACCUCAUCGGACAGUAAUGAUGAUAUUGAAAACGCCAUAGAAGGUCGGAAUAUGCAGGUGGCUUUGCGAGACAAGGACUUCCGGGACAAAGAGGAUAUGCUGGUUGAGAAGGCGCUCCAACGCAUUCAACGCGCUCAAGAGCUUGGGAAGAAAAACGUCAAAUUGUCACAGCGCGAGAUAGAAGCCUUACAGCGUCGGGAUCAAAAAGUCGGAAAACAAACCGCAGCGAAACAAAGCUCGAAGUCGGCCAAGAAACCCGUCAAAAAUGAGAAGAGUCGAGAUCGAAAGCAAAGUCUUCCUCUUCAUCAAUACGAUGAUCGGCAGCCUUCCAACAGCAGAAUGCCUCCUGGCAUACUCGUCCCAAGCGGCAACGGCUAUUAUACUCAUACUGCUAUUGGGUAUGACCAACCGACACCCCUGCCAGUGCAGGUAUCGUCACGUUCCGGAUCGCGCAACACCAGCUCUCACAAUCUCUCACGAGCAUCUCCUGAAAACCUGCGCCGUGGAGAAAGGCAAAGCCCGAAACCCCAGUCUCCUCGCUCACCUCCAUCCAAUGCCUCAUCCCGCAGUUUGCCCGAUGACCCGAAUUGGGAGCCUCGACCACGCUCAGCCUCUGCGCUCUCUGGCAGCCAAUACUACCCUACUACCCAACCUUAUAUGUACCAGACUUACUCACCUCCACUUCCUCAGAUACCUUCAUCACCUGGCACCUCUUCGCGUAGAAUCGUAUCCAAUCCUUCACCCAGUUCACGUGAUCGAUUGCCUAGAUAUGAAGGACUUGAUGCUCGAUCAAAACGAGAACGCUCGCCGCAAACUCGGCCAGGAAGGAACAUGGACGUGAGUUCGAGCGAUGAUGAUGGUGACGAAGGUGUACAAGUCGACAUUUUGCCUGGAUACGACGGGCGUGGCUACGAUGCCGUUAGGCCUGUAGGUGAGAGCGGUGCAAGGGAUAGACGCGGAGGUAGGAGAUGA